AUGAAGGUGGAGGAAUUGAUUAUCGAUGGGUUCAAGUCUUACGCAACCAGAACUGUAAUUUCCGGUUGGGAUGCCCAAUUCAAUGCGAUAACGGGGCUGAACGGGUCCGGUAAGUCCAAUAUAUUGGACGCGAUCUGUUUUGUGUUAGGGAUUUCUUCAAUGAGCACGGUUAGAGCCUCUAAUAUGCAGGAUCUGAUCUACAAGAGGGGACAAGCAGGUGUUACUAAGGCAAGCGUCACCAUCGUUUUUGAUAACUCGGAUAAAUCCAACUCUCCCAUUGGAUUUAACGACUCCCUGAAGAUAUCUGUGACUAGACAAAUUGUUCUAGGUGGAACCUCCAAAUACCUGAUCAACGGUCAUAGAGCGCCACAGCAGUCGGUUUUGCAGCUAUUCCAAUCGGUUCAACUGAAUAUAAAUAACCCAAAUUUCCUCAUCAUGCAAGGUAAGAUUACCAAAGUGUUGAAUAUGAGACCAUCAGAGAUCUUGUCCUUGAUCGAAGAGGCUGCUGGUACGAAAAUGUUCGAGGAUAGAAGGGAAAAAGCUGAAAGAACGAUGUCCAAAAAGGAAACGAAGCUAGAAGAGAACAGGACUUUACUAGCAGAGGAAAUAGAACCGAAGUUGAAUAAACUGAGGGGCGAAAAGAGAAUCUUUCUGGAAUUUCAAGUAACACAAACCGAUUUAGAGAAAAUAUCUAGAGUCGUAACCGCGUUUGACUAUCAUAACAUGUCAACAAGACGGGAUUCUGCAAGGGAUAAAGUCUCAUCCAAUGAAAGGAGAAUGGAGGAAUUGAAAACAUUGAUCUCUAAAACCACAGACGAGAUCAUUAGCUUGAAGGAGGAUCUAGAACAAAUAAAAACUCAAAAGAAGGACGAAUUGGAUAAGAACGGGGUUCUGCCUAAGUUAGAAAAACAGGAGGGUGAUUUUUUGAACCAGAUUUCUAGGAUCAAUGCUACAAAACAGAUCUGCUCUCAAAACUUAGAAGAGAAUAAGAAAAAGAUUCAAAAAUUGCAAAACACUCUGGAGAGCCUAUCCAGGGAAUUACAGGAAAAAUUGGAUCGGUAUAGAGAAAUUGAGACUGCCUACAAGCAGGAUGAAAGUACUUUAAACCAAUUGAAGGAAGAGCAUAAAAGCAGGUCCGAACUGCUAUCUACACUGUCCAUUGGUAUAUCAUCUACUGGUGAAGCUGAAACAGGGUACACUGCCCAGCUUUCCUCCGUCAAAGAGCAAUACAAUGAAACCGAAGUCAAUAUUCAAACACACAGAAAAAGAAUUGAGUUUAUCGAAAAGGAACUGGCCUAUAAUGGACCAAAACUACAACAAGCCAGAAAAGAAAAUGAACAAGCUGUUGCAAAUUACAAACAUUCCGAAAUGGCAUGUGCUUCUCUAGAAAAGGAGUUAACAACGUUUGGGUAUGAUCCGGAAUUUUUAAAACAAUUGAGAAAGGAGGAGUCUGAUCUAAAACAGCAAAUUUAUCAAAUGAAUAACGACAUAGACCAUUUGAAGAGGAAAACUGCGAAUUUGGAUUUCCACUAUGAAAUGCCAGGCGGUAAAUUUGAUCCAAACUCAGUUAAAGGUAUUGCAGCCCAAUUAUUCUCGCUGGACGAACAGAAUUUUUACAGUGCCACCGCUCUACAGGUUUGUGCCGGUGGUAGACUAUUCAACGUCGUUGUCGAUAACGAGAAUACGGCUGCACAACUGCUAGAGCGCGGUCGGCUACGGAAGCGUGCCACUAUUAUCCCCUUAAACAAAAUUGCUGCUAGAACUUUGAAUGACAAUAUCGUUAAUAUGGCCAAAAGCGUUGCCCCAGGUCGCGUAGAGCUGGCUUUGAACCUGAUUGGUUAUGAAGAGGAAGUUAGGAGGGCUAUGGAAUUCAUUUUUGGAUCUAGUCUAGUCUGUAAGGAUGCAGAAGCUGCGAAAAUGGUAACAUUCAACCCCAAGAUUCGUACCAGGAGUAUUACUCUAGAUGGUGAUGUGUAUGAUCCCGAAGGUACUCUGUCUGGAGGAAGUAGGAACAACACCAGCUCUCUUCUAAUAGACAUCCAAAGAUACAACAACAACUGCAAUUUGGUUAAAGAAUUAGAAACCAAGUUGAAUGACAUUGCUAAGAAGAUCGCUAUCCAAUUUGAAAUUUCCAAUAAAACGAAGAACUUACAAAAAGAACUGGAACUUGCACAACAUAAACUGAAGCUGUCAGAGAGAAAUUUACAGUCCAAUACAGCAGCUCAAUUGAUUAGGAAAAAUGAGGAACUAGAGUCUGAGAUAGCACAAUGUAAGGAAGAGAUCAAGGACAAAACAUCUCAAAUAAAGCAACUGAAGAAGCAGAUUGCUAAGAUUGAAAAGGACGCUGACGAAUUUUCCCAUGACAAAGGGUCAAAAUUAGAUGAGUUGAGAAGGGAAGUGGAAAGUAUGUCCGUUCAGAUAUCAGAGGAAGAACAGCGCUGUGAAACUCAGUACGACGCUUACCAGAACUUCCAGCUAGAAAUUGAACAACUUGGUGGUGAUAUAGACUCCUCAAAGGAUACUUUAGAACAAGCGGAAUUAACUGUAAAAAAACUUCAAACAGAAGUUUCUGAGCAUGAUAUGAACUUGCGUGAUUUAAACCAGGCUUUGCAAGAUAAGCAGGUCGAGCUAGAAGAGGAAAGGAACAGAUUGAUGGGGAUUGAUGAUGAACUAAAAGAAAUUGAAGCCUUGAUUAAAUCCAAAACGGAUAUAAAGAACAAUGCCGAACUGGACAUCCAGAAAAUAAACCAUGAGUUGAACAAGUUGAGAAGUACAUCCAACAGCUUUGAAUCGGAACUUGCUCAAUUAUUGGAUGAGCACGAAUGGUUAUCUGACGAGAGCCAAGUUGCAUACAUAAUUGAGCAGCAUGCAUCAAUAAAUUUGGCAGAGUACAGGGAACGCGGUGCACAGUUACAAGAACGUUUUGACGAUAUGAAACGAAAGGUGAACCCCAACAUCAUGAGUAUGAUCGAAAGUGUGGAGAAAAAGGAGUCCGCGUUAAAGACCAUGAUUAGAACCAUUGAGAAGGAUAAAGUCAAGAUACAAGAAACAAUUACAAAACUCAAUGAAUACAAGCGUGAGACACUGAUCAAGACGUGGGAAAAAGUCACAGAAGACUUUGGCAAUGUAUUUGCGGAUUUGCUGCCGAACUCCUUUGCCAAACUGGUCCCCUGUGAGGGUAAAGAUAUCACCGAGGGGCUCGAAGUGAAAGUGAAGUUGGGUAGCAUUUGGAAGGAGAGUCUUAUUGAGUUGUCUGGUGGCCAAAGAUCGCUGAUUGCGCUUUCUUUGAUUAUGGCGCUGCUCCAAUUUAGACCAGCCCCGAUGUACAUUUUGGACGAAGUGGACGCUGCUUUGGAUUUGAGCCACACGCAGAAUAUCGGGCAUCUGAUCAAAACGAGGUUUAAAGGUUCACAGUUUAUUGUCGUUUCUUUGAAAGAAGGUAUGUUUACAAAUGCAAACCGUGUCUUUAGAACAAGGUUUCAAGAUGGUACCUCCGUCGUGAGCAUAAUGUGA